ACGUCCCCCACUUGCCUCCUCACCCACCCCCCUGCCGCUGCGCCUCUCUCCCUCUCUGCCAUUUCUCAGCUUCGCCAUCCCUCCAAUUUGCUGAUCUUAAUUUGUUUUCAUCUGUUCCGUCGCCGGAGAAAUUUUGCUUCAUUGAAAAUUUUACUCCUGAUAGCAGUGAAAUUGCAGGCGUGUUUUUACAGUUUUUGUUGAUUGAUGCUAUCGUGUGUGGUUCUGCGGCGUGUUUUGGGAGAUAACUUCAAGUGUUGGCGAUGUUGAAGAAGUGCCUCGCGGAGCUGCGUUUUGUUCGAUUUGAAGAAUCGGUUUUCGCUUGGUUUUACAGCUAUGUUUGAUUGGAACGACGAAGAGUUAACAAACAUCAUAUGGGGUGAAGCUGGAGAAAGUGAUGACCACAUUGUCCCGUACCCUGAUCAAAUUGAGGAGAAACAGCCUGCUUUAUUUGGAGAACUCUCUAAGAAGGAAACAAAUCAGCAGCUUUCUAAUAACAGUCCUACAGAACUCAAGAAACCACUUGUAAAAUCUGAACCUGGUGUUGAAGUUAAUGAAAAGUCCAAGUAUGACAUUAGCAAGCCGGCAACAGGAUUUGGUGUUGAUUCAUGGCCUGAUGGUCCUGCUCCAUCCUCAUCAAAUGCUACCAAAGGUGAUCUGGAAUCAACUGGCAUGACUGUGUCGAGCAAUAUAAUAAAGAGCUCGAAAUAUGGGUCAUCGAGAGAUGAGACAGCUCAACUCAAUAAGGAUUCUGGAAUAUUUGAUAAUGCACCAGAAGAUGGAGAACAUGAUGAUUUUGUUGACUAUGGCUGGGCAAACAUUGGAAGCUUUGAUGAUCUGGACCGGAUAUUUAGCAACAACGAUGAUCCAAUCUUUGGAGAUAUAAGUGUUGGAAAUACCGAUGAACUGUGGUCAUCAUCUAAAGACAUACCUGGCAGCCCCAGAGUUCCUACACCUUUAUCAGGCGAUUCAGCUGAUUCUCCACUUGGUGCACUGAAGAACUCAGUCAAUCAACCUGUGAGCAACACUCAAUACACGCAAGAUCCCAGCCAAUCCUUCGCUUCUGGCUAUGACAAACUGAAUGAAAUCACAUACCAUGCUCCGCAGGAUGUACAGACUUUUGUGGCGGGUGGAAAGGUCCCGGAGGCUCAGGAACAACUUUAUGAUGGAACUUCUGCAUCCUGUAAUGAAUUCCCAGACAAAGUAAUUUUCUCUUCCCUUUGUUUGUGUAGCAUUUUGUUUUCGUGUGUUCAGGGUCACCGCCGAAAGAGACUCCCAAAUUCCAAGGGUCAAAAGUUAGACAAGAAGAGUGACACAAAACAGGUGCAUAACUUAACUGGCUCAUGGACCUCCUCUGGGUUCCCCCCUCAACAAGUUAACAGUGCCCAUGCACCAUUGAUGGUCAACCCCAGCAGCCCUUUUGUUCUCUCUCAGCAGAGGCCACUUCAGAGACUGGAUUCUUUUCAGCCAAAGCUCUUCUCCGGUGCUCCUAUGGUGUCUCCAUUAUAUGGAAAUAUUGCGAAUCCCUAUCCUGCCAGUCCUGUCUUGGCACAGAUUCGCCCCGGGGAAAGAAAUUGCGACUUAGUUCCUCCCCCUCCCUUCAGUUAUGAAGUCCCUCCUCCCAAUGUCAAUCCUCUGAAGAAUUUGGAUGAUACUCCGGUGAAGCCUCCAUCAAUGACGCCGAAAGAGAAAAUUGAGAAGUUAAGGAGGCAACAGCAAAUGCGAGCCAUGCUUGCAAUUCAGAAACAGCAGCUGCAGUUUGGUAAUCAGGCGUCGGUUUCUGAUCAUUCAAGUUUGGAAGGAGGGAAAAUAGAAGUGGAUGACAGUCUCAACAGUUUUCCAUCUCUCGAGAUGAGCUCACCUGGAGAACACGAUGAUUCCAAUACGAUAGGCAUGGCCCUUGAUAAUUGCUCCGUGGAGGAAUCUGUUCUCUUUCGGCUUCAAGAUACCAUUGCAAAACUUGACAUACCAAUGAGACUUUGCAUCCGGGACAGUCUGUAUCGACUAGCCCAAAGUGCCAUGCAAAGGCAGCAUCCUCACGACACAAGCAGCGCCAACACAAACAGCAGAGAUGAAGCUCCAAGUAACAAAGACAUUGGUAACAACGGAAGGAUGCCUGAUGUGGAGACCGACACAAAUCCGAUAGAUCGAACUGUGGCUCACUUACUCUUCCAUAGGCCUCUCGAUAACUCUGGAAAAUCUGCUGACAUGCCGGCGUCACCGUCAUCUGCCAACGUCCCUUACGAGAGGAAAACGAACCUCCUGAAAAGCUUAGCAAAGGGAUACUUUCCCGAAACUCUCAACAACACUCCGACCACAUCUCCACAGGGAUCGAAAUCUACCGGCAUAUUUUCUGAAGGUCAUCAGUCCAAACAUGUCACAUGCUUUGCCCCUUCUGAAAACACAUCACAAACUGAAAAUCCGGAGACGAUGGCCGCUCCGUCCAAGUGACGAAAGCCAAUCGGAUUAUCUCGAGUGUCGUCACAAUAAAGGAGUGUUCUUUCGCCGGUUUCGCAGUGUUUGCACAUAUGCAUCCUCAUUCCAUCUCUCUGACAAACUCCUACCGGUAAGUCUAUUUCCCUUUGUGUAAAGAGUUCACUAGCCAUGUUUUAAGUCUCUUUAAGUUUAUAUGUCAACUUGAUAAGGUUUUCGCAACCAAAACUUCGAAUAAAGUCGUUGAUAUAUUGUGCUAUGACAACUUGUGUGUGAUUUUGUAUGCCGAAGCUUUUAGCCUUCCUUAACUUCUAUGUGCAGCCAGGAUUCAAUAGAUGUCUAAUGGAACCAUUGUUUAUAAUUAUAGCAUCAUUACUUGUUAAUCAAAUCGUUGAUUAAUAUUA